CGGCCUCCGCAGAGUUAUUACUCCGUCUGGAACGGGACGGAGACGACGUCGUCUUUAUCCAGGAACCGUGGCUGGGCAGUAACGGUAUUUCUGGUUUAAAGACGAAGAGCCACAAGCUACUUGUGGUCAGCGAUUCAGCAACGGAGACGUUGUCACCGCUAACUUAGAGUGCGGCGUGGAAGGGAUAUGGCUGAUUUCGGCCUAUAUGUCCCACGAUGACGAGGUGGAUCCACGCCCCAUGCUGCUGAGACAGGCGCUGUUGGAGACGCAGCGAAAGAACAUCGGGGCCAUUGUUGGUUCUGAUGCUAAUUCGCGGCAUGAAAUCUGGGGCAGCACGGAUACGAAUCAGAGAGGUGAGUCACUUUUCGAGUUUAUAGUAGAUCUAGAUCUAUGUAUUUGUAAUAGGGGAAAAUCCCCAACUUUUGUAACUGCGGGUAGAGAGGAGGUCCUCGAUCUCACCUUAGUCUCUAACUCGAUUGCACCUUUGAUCUCAGACUGGAAGGUCCUAGAGGACCACUCCUUUUCUGAUCAUAGGUGCAUCGGGUUUAGUCUGGACGAAAUACGUCCACCAACAAAUAUUAUAGGAACUUUAGGAAAACAAACUGGAACCUGUACUCCAAAAGGCUCCGUUUUGCUCUCCGAGAUACACCGGAGGAGAAAUCCUUGCGUAGACAUCUUCAGCUCCGGGGGCAACUAUGCCCUGGAGAGCUCGUGUCCAUUAACGAAGCCGAAGGGCAGAGGGAGACGGAUCUGGUGGACUUUGGAGCUCUCUGAAAUAAGGGCAUCCGUCAGAAGACCUUUCAAAAAGCUCGUAGAAGCGGGUCAGCUAAUGACUGGACGUUGUACAGGGUGGGGCUCGCCGUGUACAAGUCCGAGAUAA